AUGUAUUUAAGAUAAAGAAUGAUAGAUCUUACUGCCAAAUUAGUGGAAGCUCUUUCAAAGCUUUAUAACUCCAUACCAAAAUUAGAAAACAAGAGAGAUAUAGAUGAACAUAUUUUUAACGAUUUUAGAAAUGAAAUGGAUUCGGUCAUCUUAAAUCACCCAGCAAAAGUUGGUGAAACGUAUUAUUACGCAUUGAAAAGAAUGUAUUGUUUACAUAAUAGAAAUAUUUACGUUCCUCGUUCGUUAAUGUUGCAUUGCUCAUUAAAAAUGCGCAAAGAUGAAAUUCAGCAAUUAGUCACAUUACCUAAAAAAUAUAAAUUAGUUGUACCUAGGAAAAUGGAAAUAAUAUACGCUUUGCAGCAUAAAAUGGCUAUUGGGAACAACUUAUUAAAAAGAAGAGCCCUCACUGAAUUAUACGAAAAUAGUCAUUUCCUGUAUUUAAGCGACAGAAAGAAGAUGAAAGUUAUCCUUACUUUAGUUAUGAUCGACAAUAUGGAAUUACUCUUGAGAGGACAACUAUCUAACAUGGAACACGAAACUGUGUUCAAACAGUUGGACGACCACUUUUUUAAACUUGUCCUACUGGAUUUUGCCCUGAAAUUCGAUGCAUUCAAAGCGGAAUUUAAGUACUUCACCUUCUUUCCUUCAGUCAGCCAAGAUUAUAACGUUCGACAAUUUGUAGAAACGUCUAUUUUGUUCAACCAAUUUAAAAUAGUGGCAGAUGAAGAGAUAAUAGAUAAAAUCAAGUUUAGCAUAAUCUUCAAAAUACAUGACAUUGAAAAAACAUUUAAACCACUUCGAGACAAAGAUAAAAAUGAAGUUUAUAAUAAAUUAAUUAAAACGAUAGGAAAACUUUUAAAAAUGAUACAUGGACUAGAUGUAAAAGAAUUGAAUGACGUGAUAUAUAGCUUCGAUUGUUACGAUCCUAAUUAUGUUUACCGGCAAUGUAAAUCAGAGUUACGAGCAUCUUCAUUUCUAAAUGAUUGUAAACUCCUUAAGAAUUGUAAGUUAGUGGUUUCGGAAGGCGUUUAUAGAUCAAUGGCUCUUCGAAGAAAUGCAAAUAAAGAACUGAUAACAUACUCGAUACCAAGUUACCAUACACACGUUGCAAGAAAUUCAAUAAACUUGCUCUUAAUUAGCAAUAUGGAGUUCAUAAAAACUGCAUUACCAUGGACAAGAUUGAGGAAACAUGGCGUGUUCAAGUUUCUGGAAGAUAACCUGUUUAAAAUGGUCUUAAUCGAUUUCGCCAAGGCAUAUGAUGUACGUUCAAAAAUUAUUCCUUUGACUUAUGGAAAUGUUAUCAUAGAAAUGUUAGGAGUAGACUUUAUAGGUUUGAAUGCAUUUUUUCUUGGCGCCUAUUGUUCAAUAAGAAGAUUGCACAGAUUAAAAAUUAAAAUUGAAUGUUUCGAAUUAUUGAAGAUUUGGAUUUUUUUAAGAGAAGAUAAACGGAAACGUUUCAUAAGAAUUCGUCGACAAUACGAGAAAGAAUUAAUUGAAUUCAGUCCGAAAAAUAAACUUAGAAUACAGGAAGUUUUGAAUGAGUUAUCAUUUACUGUUGACAGAUACACUGAAAAAUUCCGAGAAUUGUGCAAACAUUUGCAUUGUUAUGAUAUUAGAGAUUUACAUAAGGAUUCUCAUAGAGUUUCCAAGAAUCCAAAUGAGAAGAAACUCUGAGCACUUCAUGGAAUUCUAUGGAUAAAUGCUUGAUAAUCAUGACAUGUUUUCUAUUCAAGAAACUCGAGAGAUAUUACAAGCCUUAAAGUCUUGCUAAAUUUCUACGAAAUUUGUUUUAAUGUUUUAAACUAUUAUUUUUUUUACUUUUAUAUAUAUUUUUUUAU